AUGCAUCACGCUCCUCGCCAGUCUACUUCCUACCACAGCGUACGCCCUUGUCUCAAGUUCGACGAGACACUCGCGUCGCCGGCACCGAGUCCUUUCCCGUUCAAUGCCACCUCGGUGCCCUAUGCACACGUCCACUUCCCUUCUACGCCGAACAUGACCACUACCCACCGUGCCCACUCGCCACAUACAUACGAUAGGAAACCCAUCAUGGUCGCGCGCAACGAGUGUGCUCUUCCUGAGCGCGGCGGCAGGAUCUACACUCCCCGUCCUGACCGCCGACGCCCGCGCAUGCAGACUCCCGCUGCGGAGCCCGCUGUGGUUGGCAGCUAUUUCCAUCCCCAUGCGGCACUCGCAUGUCAGCCAGAACCGCUGGAUGCCCCUGUCAACGUACCCGCACUCAUCCCCGACCUUGCCUCGGAGUCGGACGAGUCGGACGCUAUCGUCACCCCUCCAGACGCCGCCUCGCUUUUACCACCAAGCGGUUCGGCGCUCAACUUCCUGCCACAUCCUCCAUCCGCACAAGAACAUCGCGGCCGUGGGCGUGAACGCGAGCGCAAGCGCUCAUCUACGCCCAGACGCCCUCCGUUGGUCCACCGCAGUUCGUUUGCACCCGAGGAGGAUGAGGGUUGCCUCGGAGGCUUCUGA